CCUGUUUCAUUAUUGCUAUGAGUGCAUCUCUUGCUCUGCACCUUCUUGCUCUUAUCUUCUCUUUCAGAAACGCUCUCGUACACGGACGACACGGCCAUGAGCAGGUCGGUGGUGCAGUCCCUGCUGGCCAAGAGAGAGUUUGAUGAAGUUGAUAUGGCCAAGAGGUUUGCUGAGGAGUACAAGAAGGAACCCAACAGGGGUUAUGGGAUGGCUGUUGUCAACGUCUUCAAGAAGCUCCUGAGCCCCAAGUGCAACGACGUGUUUGAACCAGCAAGAGCCCAGUUCAACGGGAAAGGCUCCUACGGGAACGGCGGCGCCAUGCGGGUGGCAGGCAUCCCCCUCCUCUACUCCGACGUGCAGGAUGUGAAGAAGUUUGCGAAGCUGAGUGCGGAGCUGACCCACGCCAACUCCUUGGGCUACAACGGGGCCAUCCUGCAGGCCCUGGCCGUGCACCUCGCCCUGCAGGGGCAGCUCAGCAAGGAGACCUUCCUGGAGCAGCUCAUUAGCCACAUGGAAGAUGUGGAGGCAGAUGAUAAGUCUCUUACUGACGCCCGAGCGCUGGGAUUUGAAGAUUUACCAUUUUCCAGGCGUCUAAAGAAAAUAAAGGAAUUUUUGGAGCUCAGCAGCGUUCCCAAAGCAGAUGUAUUGUUUGAAUUAGGCAAUGGCAUCGCCGCCCUGCGCUCCGUCCCCACCGCCAUUUACUCCUUCUUGCGCUGCAUGGAGGCUGACCCUGAGAUCCCUGACCACUACAGCAACCUGCAGAGGACCAUCAUCUACUGUAUCUCUCUGGGUGGAGACACAGACACCAUUGCUACCAUGGCAGGAGCCAUUGCAGGGGCUUAUUACGGGGAGGAGCAGAUUCCCCCAAGCUGGGAGCAGAGCUGUGAAGCUUUCCAAGAGACACAGAAGCUGGCAAACAGCUUGUACGAGCUCUACAGCCAGCGGCCCUGA